CAUUGAUGUCCUUUCCAAGAACUAAACUCUAAAGUACUCUUUUAUGUCAAAAUGUCUCAAAGAAGAAGACCUAUUUUCCAAAGGGUCACGAAACUACUAAAAGUAUCGAUCUUGAGAAGACCAGCCAUCCCUAGACUCAAGCUCAUUCCCAUAAAACGAAGAAGAUCAUCCAAAAGAGUCAAACUCCUUCAGCACUACAACUAUAAGUUUCUCCAAGAGUAUCAAUUCUCGCCUUCACGUACAUCGCUUAUCCGUUGUUGUAGGAAGCGAAUUCGGGUAUCUAGAUCGAGUCUUAAACGCAUUUACGAGCUAUUGUUUCUUUCUCGGUGCAUUGGCUGGAACGAUGAUACAAUAACGCAAAGUUGGAUGGAUAUGGAGCCUUUCCAUUAUGCCCUCGGAGUUGCUUCUCCUGCAAGGGAGCUUCCGCAGCCGUUGGAUUACUUUAGCGAGGAUGAUUCGAUUGAUCUGAAGGCUGAGAGAUUCAUUGAAAAGUUCUACGAUGAGAUGAGGAUGCAGGCGCGGGAAUUUGCUUGAUUGACCAAACUUUGUUUACUUUUUUGAAUUUUGGAAUAUUAUAUUUUCUCUUUGUUAAUUUGUCUUUGCAUCAUAUAUUUGAGACCUUGGAGACUCAUUUAUUUCUUCACUCUGUAUUUGAGUAUCUCUGAUUCUAUCAGUUUACAAUAUCAGUUUUAUCA